GACAUAAAAAUCCUUUGACGUUUGAAAUGUCAAAUUAAAAUUGAAAAUUUAAUUUGUUACUUAUGGGUUAAAAUGGGGCGAAUAAAGCCGUCUGAUUUCGUUAGAAAAAACUUUUUAUUGGUUGGAAUAAUCUCGUCGAUAUUUUUGGCGGGAAUUUACCCAAAAUUAGGUAGUAAAAACGGCCCCCUCAAGCCUGAAUUUACCGUUAAAUAUCUCGCCGUAACCUUAAUUUUUCUCUUAAGCGGACUAUCAAUUAAAACCGAAAACUUAUUCGAUGCCUUAAAACAAACUAGAAUUCACUCAUUCAUACAGAUAUUUACGUUCGUUUUUAUCCCUUGUUUCAUGCAAAUUUUUAUAUGGGGGGUGAAGUUUUUUAACGUUGAUGAUUGGAUUUUAAAGGGAUUGAUUACUGUGGGUUGUAUGCCCCCUCCAGUUUCUAGUGCUGUUAUUUUAACAAGAGCUGCACAAGGUAAUGAAGCAGCAGCUAUUUUUAAUUCAGUUUUGGGGAGUUUCUUGGGUGUUGUUAUAACACCUUUUAUUUUAUUACUUGUGUUGGGUUAUACAGCCAUUGUACCCACAUUUGGAACAAUUUUAGAGUUGGUGAUCACAGUUUUAUUCCCAAUUAUAAUCGGGCAGUGUAUUCGAAAAUUUACGAAUUUUAGGGGUUAUAAUUUGCCCUUGAAUUCAAUUGGGCAAGGUGCUUUAUUAUUUAUUGUUUAUUGCACGUUUUGCGAUACAUUUUCAACUCCAGAGUUAGGUUUAUCAGCUUCUGAUGUUCUUAUUACGGUUCUUUUAGAAACCCUUAUGAAAUGGUCAAAAGAGGCCGACAGCGAAAAUAGUGAUAUAGAUAAUUGUGAAACUAACAAAUAUGAAGAAAGUGACCAUGAUACAUAUUCUGAAUUGUCUACUACGGAAAAUGACAAUGAUGGUCAGGAUGUUGUAAAUAUGGAGCAAGACACCAGUGAGUCUACGACAGACAGUGAAUCACAAAACUAGAAAAUAUAAUUAUGGUAAAAAUCGGUAGUAAUGGUGUAGUGAAACACCCCACAAUCAGUCUCGAACACGACAUGAUAAUAUUACUGUGCAGCUGCCAGGUGUAUGGCCCUCAGCACUAGAUUACUAAUACCUCACUAAUUGAACUAAAAUUA